CCUCCUUCUUCGUCCCCCUCGUCGUCCCAGGGUUCAGGCUCGGCCCCGGCAACGCUCGGGAAAUUUUUUCUCGGGAAAAAAAUAUUCAAACUUUCCCGGAAAAUCGAACGAGCGGCGGCCCCCGCCGAACCACGAAACCCUAAAUCCAAGUCUCCCUCCGGCCGGUCAACAAUGGACAGGUCGCGCUGCAAGAGCUGCGGCUCCGGAUCCCUAGCCCGGGACGACGUCUCCGGCAUCCUGGUGUGCUCCGACUGCGGCUUCGUCGCCGAGCUCGACGACUUCCAGGCGCACAUCGGCGGCAUCAGCGGGCCCCAGGGCACCUUCGUCCGCGUCGGGACUUCCGGCACCGGCACCGUCUUGAACUACAGGGACAAGAAGGCCUUCGAGGCCCGGAAGCUGAUCGACGACUUCCUGCUCAGGUUCGGCCUGUCCGCUCCUCGGUCCGACGACGUCAGGGACAUGGUCCGUACGGUCACGGAGGGCGAGUUCGGGCAGGGCGAGUGGUUCGCGGUCCUGAUCGGGGCGUGCGCUUACGUCGUCAUGAGGAGGGAGAACCAGUCCCUCCCCAUCGCCGAGGCGGCGUCGGUGGUCGGGUGCGACGACCACGAGCUGGGCAGGAUGGUCGCGCGGGUGGUCGAUUUUCUCGAAUUGAGGGGCGAAUUCCCCGUUUACGACAUCGUGGUCGCGUACGAGAGGGCCGUGAGGAGCUUCUCGGGCUUCUCUAGGCUUCCUCGGGAUAAGAUCGAGACAAUGCGGAAGCAGGGCAUGUUUCUGAUACAGUGUGCGGUGAAGUGGUUCUUGACGACGGGGAGGAGGCCGCUCCCGGUGGUGGCGGCGGUGUUGGUUCUCGUCGCGAAGCUGAACCACGUAGAGCUUGAGAUUUCGGAUGUUUCGGAGGAGCUCCAUGCCGCGGUUGCGACGUCCAAGCUUCGGUAUAAGGAGCUACUAGAGGCGCUUGUGGAGGUUUCCCGUGCCUUGCCUUGGGGGAAGGAGGUUACAGUAAAGAAUGUGCUGAAGAAUGCUCCUUUCGUGAUCCAGUACAUGGAGAUGAAGUCGAUGAAGAAGCGAGGUGCGAAGAAGAAGGAUUCGGGAGUCGGGCGGGUUGAUUUGGGUGAUGUGGUGAGUGAAUGUUUGAGAAAGGAUGUGUACGAUUUCGAUGUAACUUAUUUGGAGAGCGAAUCUCAUUAUUUGGAUGCGAAAGAUAAUCGUGAUCAUCAAGGACCGGAUGUGCAUCAGUUCGAUAGGAUCGAGAUUUCGCACGAGUGUCUGGCGUUGGCUUACUUGAAGUUCUUGGAGGAAAGGAGCUCCCUUUCAUGCAGUGUUGACAAUGCAAAUGCUCGUGGCAAAAGGAGAACGGGGUGCGAUUAUCAUGCAUCUAUAGAUUGGUGGAAGGGAAAAUCGGAAUUGAGCAAACGGUUGAUGCUCAAGGAGAUAUUGGAGAAGGAUGUGGGAUUGGACGCAAUGCCGCCUUCGUUUGUCAACGGUUGUAUUGCCAACGAGAGGAGGAGACAGAAGAUCGAUGCUGCUAAGCAGCGCAUCAAUAGGAUCAUGCAUCCCUCAGCUUCGGGUCCUGUGGACGUUUGUGAGUCCCAAAUGUCGAGUUCAAGUUCGAGUUCUGUGCAUAGUAAGAAGAAAAGAAAGAGAAGUCAAGCGAUAGAUGUGGUGGAUUGGGAAGAUUUUAUAAUCGAGGCCCUACUUCUUCAUCAGGUGAAGGAGGAGGAAAUCGAGAAGGGUCACUACAGUACUUUGCUUGAUUUGUAUGUAUUCAACUCUGGGGAAAUGUAGGCACUCUUUUGUGGAAUCCACCAUACUAACUUUUUGGAA